AUGACACAUUCACUUCCUGAUCCGCGCUUGCUAAUAUUCGAUCCUGAAAUUGAAAGAACAAUUUCAGGAAUAAGGCGAGAACAGCGUAGGUUAGUCCGCUCUGAGGGCGGAUCUGAAAGUGAAUCUGAGGAAGAAACCAGCCCCCGUUCUACUGAUUCAGUUGUUUUACGUGCAGAAAACAUGGCAGCUAGAAGAAUUACCAUUCAGGAGGAAGGAGCUCCUGAUUUUACACUGCAACCAUUUCAAGCGCAUCAUCCAGCAGUAGCCUGUUCUACUGUCAGGCGUGAUGGCGCUGAUGAAACUUCAAUUCUGUUGAAAGCUUUUCCGUUCUCUCUUGAGGAAAAAGCAAGAGAGUGGUACUACACUCAACCUCUAGCAAACGUAUCCAACUGGGAUACACUCAAAAAGGAGUUCCUGGAGAAAUUCUUCCCAUCUGAAGUUACUAAUAAACUGAGGAAGGAUAUCUCUACAAUUGUUCAGGAUGACAAUGAGACUCUCUUUGAAUACUGGGAGCGCUUCAAUAAUCUUCUGGAAGCAUGCCUCCACCACAUGAUCGACAAGAUCGUGCUACUCAGCUAUGUCCCACAAGGUAUGAGACCCCAAGAUAAGACCACAUUGGAAAGUGCCAGCAAUGAGUCUAUGAAGAAGUACAAGACCACUGAUGAAGCUUGGCAAUUGAUCAGUGAUUUAGCUGAAUCUACUCGGAACCACAGACAGAAGCAAGGCCGUUCAAGGGCCGUUGCAGAAGUAUCUUCUGGCAUAGAGACUGCUGCUCUAAAUCGAAGCAUCUAUGAAAUGACCAACCUAAUGAAGCAAAUGCACCAUUACACUGAUGAAUGCCCGCAGCUCCAAGGAUACAAUCAAAGUGGAAAUAAUAACCAUGGAUGGCAGGACAAUUCAAACCAUAAUUGGAGGGAUAACAAUAAUAGGGGAGGCAGAGAUAAUCAGGGAAAUCAGAGGUGGAAUAAUUACAACAACAGGCAGCAAAAUCAACCAUACCGAGCACCUCACCUGAGGCAAAACCAAGGACCACCGAACAAUCAGCAGCAAACCUCUCAAUUUACUCAUUCUUCUGUAUCUUCUAAUGAAGAAUUAUUACAAGCUUUUGAGAAAAGACAACUGGCCAUGGAAAAUACCAUUGAGAGGAAUCAGGAGGAACCAAGCUCACCAGAAUACACCUCAGCUGAAGAGGCGGUAGAAAUCGAAGAUGUUGAAGAGGAAGAGGAUAUAAAGGACAUAGCUGAAGAAGAGAUAGCUCAACCACAGGAAGAAGCACAAAAAGGUGCAGGCACCACAGAAAACACUACUCCCAUUCCAUUUCCACAACUUGCAAGGAAGCCUAGGAAGCAGCGGGAACCUGAUCCUAAAAUGGUAGAGAUAUUCAAAAAGGUUGAGGGACAUACUCCUUUGAAAUAG